AAAAUAAGUCAGAUUGGGCUAAUUCAUUUCUCAAUUUGUCACGGCCUAACCAUAUAAACCGGAGAAAAGGAUCAUUUGACCAGAUUUCAACUUUUUAAAUGAAAAAAAAAUCAGAGCUUAGGGUUUUUCACAAAAUAGCAAAAAUGUCGGAUCUUCCGACGCCAUUGAUAUCCAAAAUACUCUCAAAAUUACCAGUCAAAUCCCUUCUACGCUUCCGUUGCGUAUCCAAAUCAUGGAAAACCCUAAUCGACAGUCCAUAUUUUAUCAAAAUUCAUCUCCAAAAUUCCCAGAAAAACACCACUAAUCAUUCAAUCAUCUUCCGAGAUUGUUAUCUCUAUUCUGUGGAAUUUCCUGCGCUUAAUCAAGCCAUUGUCAUCAACCACCCAUUGAAAUGUGAUCAUUACGGUACUGAAAUUGUGGGUUCUUGCAAUGGAUUGCUUUGUUUGUCGAAUGGGGAAGAAGAUGGUUUGGAUGGUACCAUUAUAUACAACCCGGCGACGAAGGAACACCGGCAAUUUCCCGUUUCGCCUAUCGAAUUCCCGAAUGAUAUCCUUCCGAGUAUUGAGCGGUUAGUAUAUGGGUUAGGUUAUGAUCAUGUUCAUGAUGAUUAUAAAUUGGUUAGGGUUAUUCAAUUCUAUUGUGGUGACCCGGAUUUUUUCGAUAGCGAAGUGAAGGUUUAUAGCUUAAAGGAAAAUUCUUGGAGAAGGAUUAAGGAUUUUCCUAAGGAAUAUUACCUUUCUUAUAAAAGGGUAUGGGGGGUUUAUGUUAAUGGGUGUUUACAUUGGUGGUGACUGGUGAGCAAGAACCCCGAAUCGAAUGGUUCUAAAUACAUCGUGGCGUUCGAUUUGGGUUCGGAGAAGCUUAGGUUUGUGCCGAAGCCUAAGCCAUUGUGUGGUGAGUGUCAUAUCAAUGUGGAAGUAUUCCGCGGGUGCUUGGGUUUGUUGUGCAAUCAUUUUCCUAUUAGGAGUAAUUUUUGGAUUAUGGAGCAGUAUGGAGUGCAGAGUUCUUGGACAAAGUUGUUUUCGUUUGAUCAACAGGGGAGUGUUUUAGGUUCGUUUGAGUAUGUGAGGCCUAUAGCUUGGUCGAAGGAUGGUUCGAGUGUGUUGCUUGAUAAAGACAUGACUAGCUUGUUUUGGUAUAAUUUGAGGACUAAAAGAGCCAAGAGAGUGAAUGUUACUGAUAUGCCAGAUUCAAUCGAGGCGCAAAUGAUAGUGGAAAGUCUUGUUCCUCUGAAGAGAAAUGAGCAAUCGGGACAGGCCAAUAGUCAGUUAUCAUCACUACCAUUAACUUUGCUACUUGAUAUAUUCUCUCGUCUUCCUGCGGAGACUCUUUUGCAGCUUACAUAUGUUUGCAAGGAAUGGAAUAGUCUUAUUAAUGACCCCGAGUUUGCUAAAAUGCAUCUUAAAGAUGCUGGAAAAAGAAACGACAACUUGUACUUCAUUCUUAGAAGGGAGAUGCUACAUUUGAUUGAUUUUAACCUGCUAAAUAAAGCAGUACAGAUCAAUCAUCCCCUAGUGUGCGCUAAGGGAUGGACUGAUGUCUUAGGGUCAUGUAAUGGUUUGCUCUGUUUAUAUAAUGAAGAUGAAGACCUCGCUAUCUGGAAUCCAUUAACUGGAAGAUGUCACAAAAUACCCAUUACAAAGUACCAGUCUACAGAGGGUUCCAAUGGCUUCACCACUUUCAUCCAUGGAUUUGGCUAUGCUCCUAUUAAUGAUGAUUACAAGGUUGUUCGGAUCUUGGAGAUGUACUCGUACAACAACAAUCGGCGUCAUGACUACUUUGAUGAUUAUAUUUCUGAUUCUGAUAGUGAUACUUCUGCCUCUGAAGUCCAAGUUUACAGUUUGAAAGCCAAAUGCUGGAAAAGUAUCAAAUCUUUCCCUUUGAGCCUAUGUUAUCCUUGUUCAGGGGUCCUUGCAAAUGGAGCAUUACAUUGGGUUGCGAAUAAAAAUCAUGAUUCGGAUAAUAUUUAUGAAAGUAUUCUGUCCUUUGAUCUUGGGUUAGAAGAAUGCAGAGUAGUGCCACAACCUAAUUAUGAUGACAUAUAUUUCCACAGGACUUUAUGGGUAUUAGGAGGCUCUCUUUGCAUAAUUUGCCAAUACCCUAGACGUGGUGUCGAUAUAUGGGUGAUGAAGGAUUAUGAGAUGAAUACUUGGAGCAAACUUAUUUCCAUUACUCAGCCAAAACCUAUAAGGACCUUUGAGUAUAUCAAGCCAUUGGCAUAUUCAAAGAAUUGUACUGAAGUUCUACUGGAUCUUGACUAUAAAAAGCUUGUUUGGUUUAACAUGAAAAAAAAGACAAUCAGGCAUGUCAGUAUCAUUGGCCUGCCGGAGUCAUUUGAUUCAGAGGUUUUUACUACAAGCCUUAUUGAUCCUAACAACCUGAUUCCAAGGCAAUUGAAGGUAUUGGGUCAAUCCAUCUAUUCCUUUGCAGCCUUUCCUAAGAAGUUGGUUUCUCAUAUCCUUCGCUAUCUCCCUGUUAAGACCCUUCUGCAGGCUCAGUAUGUCAGCAAAACAUGGUACAAGAUCAUUAAUGACCCAGAGUUUAUUAAGAUGCAGCUUGAAGUGUCUAGCAAUUCCAACAGUAGCUCGUUGCUCAUUUUUAGUGGGGAAAAACUUCUUUCUUUAGAUUAUCAACUGUUUGAUAAAGCUGUUGAGAUUGAUCACCCAAGUGUUGGAAAAUCAACUGAUGUUGUGGGCUCUUCGAAUGGAUUGGUCUGCUUAUACAAGGAUGGAGAUAUUGCUUUAUUGAAUCCAUGGACUGGAAAAUAUGAGAGCUUACUUUCUUCUAACUUCCAGUUCCAUGCUUCUAGCGCUUUGCAGUGUUGGUUGAUUCAUGGAUUUGGCUAUGAUCCCAGUAGUGAUGACUACAAAGUAGUCUGUAUUUUGCAGCUGCACAAUAGUUUGAGUGGUGGUAGUGUUCACUCUGAAAUUCAAGCUUAUAGCCUGAGAACCAAGUGUUGGGGAAAGAUUAAACAGUUUCCAUACAUCAUUUGUCAUCCAUGCUCGGGUGUUCUUGCUAGUGGCGCGUUGCACUGGGUGGCACAUCAAAAUCCUGAAUUGUACAGCACCUCAAAAUUGCUUAUAGCUCUUGAUAUUGGAUCUGAGAAAUGCAGGGUGGUGACACAGCCAAGUUAUGUUGAUACAGAUUUUCACUUGAGUUUGGGAUCAUUAAAAGGGUGUCUUAGCUUGCUAUGUCAUUACCCUCGACAAAGUGUAGACAUCUGGUUAAUGACUGAAUAUGGAACAGAGUCAUGGACAAAACUUUUCACCAUUUCACAGCCAAAAAUAAUCAAAAACUUUAAGUACCUGAAGCCGUUGGGAUAUUCAAACAACGGGGCUGAAGUUCUGUUGGAACAAGAUAAUGAAAAGCUUCUCUGGUUCAACUUGGUGAAAAAGAAAGUCAGAUACCUCAAUGUCCGAGGUCUACCAAAGUCUUUUGAGACAGUGAUGUGCUCUGGAAGUCUUGUUCAGAUUGGUAACCCUCCUAGAAUUUUCCAUGAGAAGCAUGAGCAAGCACUGAGCAAAUCUCAGAAUGGCCAGGAUAAAGUGAGGAAAAAUAUGGAUGGUUUUUUAUCUAAGGGAUUCAAGUUGAAGCUUUGAAAAAAGAAAGAUACCAAGGAUAGCUGCUAAAUUCAAGAAAGUUUUCUGAAGAAUUGGAAGGAAUGAACAAUAUGUUCUCUAAAAAAAAACUACAAUCUUUUUUCUUUUUAGGUUUUGAACAAGAACUUUGUUAAAAUAAGUAGACUUCCAAACUAGGCGGCAUUGAACUUUUCACAUGUGAUGUGCAUGUGAUAUGCCAUCUCCUUUUUGCUUGAAUAUUGGAUACUUUUUUUUGUUUUUUAAUUGAUUCCAAGAAUAAUUUAGGUUAUUAUGCUCAUGUUUU